CUUAUAUUUUCUUUUCAUUCUCCCCUUCAAUAAUUCCAUUAAUAAUCAAAUCCAUAUAAUCUGUUACAGAUUUUCUAACAUCAUCGUAAUUUCCUGUCUCUUCUUCCAAACGGUACUGUUUUACCUUUGAGCAGGAAAAAGAAGACAAGUAGCUGACUUUUAAGAGCAAAAAAUGGAUCUUUGGGCAGUUCACUUGAAGAACGCAAACCCUGGGAAUCCUCCUGCUUCUGCUGCUAUGUUGACGAAGAGAAAUUCGAUUCCUGGAAGACCCAAUUCUUGUAAGAUUUCGAAAUUCGGAGUUUUUCAAAUCAGGGUUUCAAGAUAUUCCUUCCUUCAUCUGCCCAUCGUUCUUUCUCCGUUAAAGCUAUGGCUAAGAACAAUAAUCACGAUAAUUCAUCUUCCCCUUCCUCAUCUUCCGGAAAUGGCGAUCAAUCUAUUCCUGAUAGAGACAAUUCAAGAAUAAAUAAUUCUUCAGACAGCAACAAAUCUGAUGAUGAUGCUUCUCAGAAGUCCCAUGAUGUAAACAUGAACUGGAGAGAGUUCAGGGCAAUGCUCUAUAAUAAUUACCAGGUGGAAAAGACAGAUUCCGGUGCUCAUAAACAACGUGGAACACCUCAUGUGUCGAAACCUCUCAACCAGAAAUGGGCACACCCACUUUCAGUGCCUGAGACCGGCUGUGUUCUUCUUGCCACUGAGAAGCUUGAUGGAGUUCGCUCGUUUGAACGAACGGUGGUUCUCCUUCUGAGAUCCGGAACCAGACAUCCACAAGAAGGGCCAUUUGGAGUUGUUAUUAAUUGUCCACUUCACAAGAAGAUCAAACACAUGAAACCCAAUAAUAAUGAAUUAGCCACUACCUUUGCGGAUUGCUCCCUGCACUUUGGGGGGCCUCUUGAAGCGAGUGUGUUUCUUUUAAGAGUGGGAAAGAAAUCCAAGCUUCCUGGGUUCGAAGAGGUGAUUCCUGGCCUCUGUUUCGGUGCUAAAAAUAGUUUGGAGGAAGCUGCUGAGUUGGUGAAGAGAGGAACCCUCAAGUCUCAGGAUUUCAAGUUCUUCGUUGGGUAUGCUGGAUGGCAGCUGGAUCAGUUGAGGGAGGAAAUUGAGUCUGGCUAUUGGCACGUGGCAGCAUGCAGCCCAAAUCUGAUUUUUGGAGAUUCGUCGGACAGUUGGUCGGAAAGUUUGUGGAAGGAGAUUUUGCAGGAAAUGGGUGGUGAGUACUUAGAACUAAGCAGGAAGCCUAAGCAAGAUAUAUAGGGUAGGGUAUCUAACAGGUAAUGUGCCUAAUGGAUGAAUAUAGAAUUAAGAAGUUGAGUAUUGAAUAUUGAUGUGUAGGUAAUGAAACCAUUUGUACAGAAUAUUAACUGCCUUUUUCACUAAAUUCAUCUUCAUCCUCCUUUU